AUGGCGGAAAUCCUCGAUCCCUCGGUGAAUCCCAUCGCCAGGGCGAAGCGGGAGAAUCUAGGGAAGAAGAAUGGCGCUAUCACGGAGCUCAUUGCGGCGUUGAAAUCAUGCAGCAGCUCCAGGGAUCUGGAGAGCGGGAGGAGAAUCCACGCCCGAGCGGUGGAGGCAGGGAGCGAUGGGAAUCUCUUCGUGGCCAACACGCUGAUCGAUAUGUAUGCCAAGGCUGGGAGCAUGCCGGAUGCGCGAUCGGUGUUUGACACGAUGAAGCAGCGAAGCCUUGUGUCUUGGAACACCAUUGUUUUGGGGUAUGCCCAGUGUGGCGAGGGCGAGCUAGCGCUGGAGCUCUUCGAGGCAAUGCAGGGACAGGGAUUUCUUCCAGAUUCGUGUAGCAUGGUGGCGGCGCUGAGAGCUUGUACGAGCUUGGCCGAGCAAGAACAGUGGCGGAGGAAGCAGCUUCCAAAGAAAAUGGACAAAGAGAUGGUUUUUCGGGAGGAGCGUGCUCUAGAGAAGGCCCUGGCUCUACACGCUCUUGCAGCGAAGAGAGGACACGAAUCCAACCUCUUUGUGGCGAGCUCGCUGGUGAAUCUCUACUGCAAAGUUGGCAAAGUCGACGAGGCAGUGAAAGUUUUCAACCGGAUGAAGAAGAGAUCAGUGGUGACUUGGAACUCGAUCAUCAUCGGGUGUGCUCAGAACGGGGAGGGCGAGCUCGCCAUGAGAUUGUUUUCGAGGAUGCGAGAAGAGGAGAGUAUGAUCUCGCCAGACUCUUGGACUUUCGUCGCUGCUCUUGAGGCUUGCAUUGGCCUGGCGGAGAAAGAAGAAGGUACACGCGUAAAUGGAGAGCUUGUGAAGAUGGAGAGCCUGGAAAAAGGAAUGGAGAUUCACUCCCAGGCUCGAGAGACGGGUCAUACAGCGGAUAUGUUCGUGGCCAACACUUUGAUCGACAUGUACUCGAAGUGUGGAAGGAUUGUGGAGGCACUGGCGGUGUUUGACAAGAUGAAAACUCGCGAUUUAGUCUCGUGGAACAUCAUGCUACUGUCGCUGGCUCAGAAUGGACGAGAACGCCUGGCCUUGACGCUCUUCCAGCUGAUGCAACACGGAGAUGGAAGGCCGAUGGAACCGGACUCUCGAACUUACGUCGCGGCUCUCAAAGCUUGCAGCUCUCUGGCUGCUCGAGAAACACCAUCGCAGAUUGGAGGUGAGCUUCUCAAAGUUGUGAGUUUGGAGAUAGGAUUUGCUCUUCACUCACAGGUGCUAAGGUCCGUUUACAGGAAGGACGUAUUCAUAGCCAACACGCUGCUGGAUCUGUAUUGCAAGUGUGGAUUACUCGUCGAAGCUCGUCGGGUCUUCGAUGGUAUGAUCCAACGAAGCGUGGUCUCGUGGAACACACUGAUCCUCGGACACGCACAGAGCGCUCAAGGAGAAGCUAGAGUCGCUCUGGAGCUCCUGGAACAGAUGAAAGGUAGCGGGAUUGAGCCGGACGCUCUAACUUACGUCGCGGCUCUCAAGGCCUGUGGGAAUCUAGCAGCUCUCUCGACCGGCAGGAAGAUCCACAGCGAAGUAGCGAGCAGUCCCAGGAUUGAUCUGGCCAGGGACACGGUUCUAGCAACAGCAGUAGUCGAUUUCUACGGGAAGUGUGGGAGCAUGGUGGAAGCUCAAGCAGUGUUUGAUUCGAUCCAGAGGAAAGAUUCGGUGGCUUGGGGAGCUCUAGUCGCGGGGUUUAGCCAGCAGGGUGACACUCAAGGGGUGUUCCAGGUGGGGGAGAGGAUGAAAAGAGAGCGCGUAGCGAUCGAUGGGAUCGUCUUCCUUCACGUCUUGACGGCGUGCAGUCACGCUGGAUUGGUGGAGAGAGGAAUGGAGUUCUUCCAGAUGAUGAUCUCCGAGGAUCACAGGGUGGUUCCCAGCGUGGAGCACUACACUUGCGUGGUGGAUCUUCUAGCUCGAGCAAACCAUCUGGAAGAGGCGGUGGCGAUGGUGAAGAGCAUGCCUUUCGAGCCGGACUUGACAGUGUGGACAUCGAUCAUGAACGCGUCGAGGAAGUGGAGGAACUUGGAGAUUGGGAAGCUGGCGUUUGAGGCGAUGCUGCGGCUGGACGCUAGAGAUCCAGGAGCGUACGCGCUCAUGGCCAACACUUUCUCCGAGUCAAAGGUGGUCAGCGUCGUUGACUGA